AAUUUUAAAAUAGUGUAGGUCCACAUCAGGACUUAGCGUCUAGCCAAUUCUUCAACCUGCUUUAUUAAAUAAACCAUGUAUGUAUGUACUAGUAUGUAUGUGAAGCGUUUUCUUUCUGUUUCUUUUUUUCUUGAAGAAUGUGAAUAAUUUAUGCUAUUCUCUACCGUCCCCUCCCCCCCGCCACUGAAUUUGAAGAGGGGUCCUGAGCGCUCUGCACCUGUGAUUGCAGUGAUUACUCGUUCUUCGACCUCGCUCACUACACGUGUUGAAACAGGCUGUGUGGUCAAUUCAGUGGCUAGUAAGUCUUUAUUUAGUGCUUUUAUCAACGAACGCAAUCUCCUGGAUAUGGCGAAGUUUGCUCUGACCGUUUCUGUAGCUAUACUCCUUCAAGUCAUUUCAGUUCUCGGCGCAGUUUAUACAGAAGACAAAUGCAUCAAGGGAACAUGGCACAAAGCGUCACCAUCGCCCGAAACAGAUGCGUUCAAAACGUGCCAUGCCUUCAAAGACAGCAGUUGCUGUACGGCCGAGUUUACAGUGGAAUUGAUGGCUAAUGAAACCCGCAAUUUGUACAACCAUUCUUGGCAUCGUUGCGGGCAAUUGUCGGAGAAAUGCCAACAGUUUUGGGUCACACAGGAAUGUUUUUACCAAUGUUCUCCAAAAGUUUAUCAGUGGGCACAUCCAUCUGUUGAUGGUGCACUUCUAGGUGUGCCAGUUUGUUCUGACAUCUGUGAUCAGUGGUUUAAUGCCUGCAAGAAUGAUCAGAUUUGUGUGGAAAAUGUUCUUGUAGACUAUAACUUCACUGUUCAUGGUGAAAACUUCUGCCCUGCGAACAAGAGCUGCAUAACAUACCAAGCAAUGUACGGAAAUGGCAAAAACCUCUGUGAGAAAAUGUGGGCAGGAUCCUAUAAUUACACAAUGCCGAAUGCUGAUUACUCCAACUGCCUCAUGAUGAACGGCUCAGUCAAACCAGUCAAACCAGUCAAACCAACUGUAGAGAGUGAAGGUGUUAUCAACACUGCCUACAUUGCCUUAUUGCAGCUACUCCUGUUUGUUGUGGCUGUUAUGCUAUAAAUAAUUUAUUGUAAGCAUUUAAAUUUCUUUGUUAUUUAAACAGUUCUGCAGUUGUGGAAAAGACAGUCUUAAACUAGCGUGAAGUAGUAAGCUUAUUGCAAUAAGAUAUGUUCUUUGAAUUCCCCUUGUAAAUUAUAGAAAAUUUAAAAAGUGGACUGCUUUUUCAGAUUUCACAAUCGGAUCUAUUGUUCUGGUUUUUAUUAGCUAUCAGCUUCAGUAGGUUUCUUUCACUGAAAUGUUCAGUGCUUUUUUAUGCUCUAAGCUUUAGUUUAUAUCUGGUGUUUUGUAGUUCUAUAUUUAGUUUUUUGAAAGCCUGUUGCCUUUCUUAAAGUGGUGUCUGGCCAUGGGCAUGUGCUUCUCCUCAAGUUAUUUACAAAAAACAAUUUUGCUCAUGUUUUCCUCAAUUCUGAGUAGCAGUUAUUACCCCAGGGGGAGGGGGAGGGUACAUCCAUACAAGAAGGAUGACCCCAAGCGAAGUCACCUCGCCACCAAGCGAAGUUUCCUCGCCAAGGCAGUGGAUAAAAGAACGAGGAAUAAUCUCUAUAUGCGACUCGAUCUGGUUGGGGGCAAACUCGAUCAAGUACAGUUGAGUCGAUGUGGGGGCGAACUCGGUGGGGGCGAACUCGCCAUGGGGCGAAACCAGCAGCGACCAUUGAGAUUGUAGAUUGCUUUUUACUUACUAUGGCAAGCUCUUUGCCUGCUGCCUUUCUGAAGGCUUUGGUCCACUUGAUUUUACGUGGAUUU